AGCGAUAUUUGAAGAUAAAUCUGCGGCUGCUAGCGUCCCGAAAGGAGCUGGUUUUGGAGUGAGGUUGGAGACCCUGCGGGCGACUUCGAGGGCAUGCCCUCGCCCUGGCCUCGCGCCGAGGCCUUUCGUGUUGAAGUCGCCCGUGACCCACCAAACAAAUUGCAUUAACAAACAUAUUAGCAUACCAGCAUCAUCAAAACUACAGGCAGCAGGGCGUGCGACCUACCCGAAAAGCCAUUCUCGCUUCAGUCACCUGCAAAACUCGACUUCGGCCAGGCCUAACAUGCUAUGUGGCAUCACAUGCUGACUGAAACAGAGCGUAGCUAGCGCAAGGCCUUUCGGCGGCCAACCGACGAUGACCGCUGCGUCGGCGAAGGACGACAAAGGGGCGGUGGCUGCGAAGGAUAGAGCGACUGCAAUUGCAAAACAGUCAUCCAGCGGCGACAUGGCUGGUGCAAGCGGCAAGAAGGGCAAGGCGCCCAAGCAAUCCCGGAAGUGGAGCGCAGCGGAGAUAGACGCGGUACUUAAAGCCGUUGCGGCGCUAGGCAGCAGCGAUGAAAUAAACUGGGUGGAGGUGGCGAAGAGCGUCCCGACACGCUCCGGCAACCAGUGCCGCGAGAAGUGGCGCAACGACCUGCGGCCCGACAUUUCCAAGGAGCCAUGGAGCAGCCGCGAAGAGUACAUCGUGUGCAGGGUGCACUGCCAAGUGGGCAACCAAUGGGCUGACAUUGCACGGUUCCUGCCGGGACGCGCGGAGAACUCGAUAAAGAACCACUACAACGCGACACUGCGCUCAAAGGCGGAGGCAAAGGGUACCUCCCUGCUGUGGGUGUACGGCAAGCAGGUCCUGGCCAACGGCGGCUGCACCUCCCUGGAGCUCUUGAACCGGGCGCUGCAGAUGUACGCCGACAUACCCAACGUGGAGCCCCUAGAGUCCUUCGCCGUCGACGACGAGACCCUGGACAUUGGCGGAGGCGGUGGCAGCGGCGGCAGUGGUGGGCGCAGCGGCGGCGGCGCACUGCGACCGGUGGCGCGCGGCGGUAGCCUGUCGGGUGCCGGGCGCCGGCCGCGGAAGAAGCACCGGCGCUGGGGCAGCGGCUCAUCAGAUGAGACCGAGUCGGGGGAGGAUGUGCUGUCUAGCUUCUCAGACUCAACCGACACGGAGGGCGGCGGGCGCACAUCGCACCGUGAAAGCGCGGGCGCGCGGGCGGCCUAUGUAGCAGCCGCAGCGGUGGCCGCGGCGCCGUGCGUCCUAGCGACAGACGAGGCGGCGGCGCCGCUGGCCCCGGCGGUGCCGGCAUCGCCAGCUGCUGGCACGCUCGCAGCAGGCGGCUUCCCAGCACCGUCGCCUACGCCGACGCCGUCCGGCCGACACCACGUGUGUGCGGUGCGGCAUGGGCCGGCAGGCAGGUCCCCCAUGGCUGCUGCGCGGCGUGCCGCGGACACUGCGGCAGUGACCACGGCCACCGCACUGCCGCCGGACCCCUUCAGCGGCGCCUGGUGUGACGCAGGCGGUGGCCUCUGCAGCCCGGGUGGCUUCGGCAGCCAUGCGUCGCUUGGCGAUGACUGGCUGAAGCACGAGGGCGGGGAGCUGAGCCCCACUGCCCUUGGCUUCCACAUGUCUCCUCGCGGCGCUGCCGAUGUUGUCAGGGACUUCUUCGGCGGACCGGGCCCUGACGCGCCGCAAGCACGCAAGCGUUCGCCCACCGCGGGCGCUUCGCCCACUGUCGAUGCAAGCAGCGCUGGUGCGGGGCUAGGCACAGCUGCAGGCGGCAUGAGCCGCGCGGGCUCAGGCCUACACCGCAGCCGAUCGGCCUCUAAGACCGGUGCCGCUGCCGGCAUGCGGCUGUCGCUCGGCGUGGUUGCGUACUCGCCAACGGGGCGCACGUCCCCGCCGCCGCCACCCGUGGUAGUCAUGUCGGAGUGUGAUGUCUUCUGUAUGCCGCCGUCCUACCACCCAGCCCUCGACGGCUCCAGUCCACACCCGUUGCUGGGCCCCGUUGCCCCACAGCAGCAGCCGCUGCAACAGCAGGCGCAAAGGCACGAGGGUCCGGCCUUCGCCGGCCAGCUUCCGCACCUGUCACCGCGCGGGCUUUGUCCAGCAGGCCAGCGUGGUGGGGCCGUGAGCAGCGCCAUACAGCGUGGCUGCAGCGCUCGCCAGCUGCAGCCGCAGUCCAAUCCGGCACCACUACACGCGCUUGGCGCAGGGCCUGCUCGCACUGCCUCGCCGCCGUCACACAUGGCCGUGGAAGACACGCUCAUGGUCGCAGCCUCGCAAGGCCUGGACGACUUUGUCGCCGACCUCGGUGACUUGAGCGAUUUGGGUAACAUCGGCGAUUGUGGCGGCACCUGCUCUGCGGGCGCCCUGCGUGACACAGGGGACGCCGGCAGAGCAGCUGGCGGUCGGGUCGCUGCCGGUGCGUCCACGCUGUCUAUGUCGAGCAGCGAUGAAGCCGCGGGCGGUGCGCUUGGGGCCGCAGCCGUCACAAGCGCCAAAGUGUGCGCGGCGGCUGGCGCCGCGGCAGCAUCAUCCUGUGUGUCCCCGCCGCUGCUGUCCCCUACCGAGCGAUGGCACAAGAGCAUUUUUGACGAGAUGGGAGACGGUGUCGAGCUGGCUGAACUGCUGGCAGACAUCCACUGCGACGGAGCCGCGGCGGCAGCAGCGCUGUCCAUCCGACCAAGCUCAGGCGGCGGUGUUGAAGCCGCAGCAGUGGCAGAGGCCGCCGUGGGCAGCGGUGAUGGCAGUGGGCAUGACCACAGCGAUGCCGUACGCUUGCAGGACCAGCUGAGGCUACGUGCUAAUUCGCUUCCUGGAGUGCUCGCAGCGGCGGCAGCGGCGGCGUUGAAUCCGCUCGGCAUGGCCGCAUGCGGCGGCGGUGCAGCUGGGUGCCCGCCUGGAGUCAUGCAGCUGUUUCAGAGCGGCCUGGAGGUGACUGGUGGAGGCGCCGCUGCAGGGCUCUCAAACCUGCCACUGCCGCUGCAGGCGCUGCAGCUGCUGCAGCUCCAGCAACUCCAACAACUGCAGCAGCUGCAGCAGCGGCUACAGCAGCAACAACAGCGCCAGCAACAUGUCACUGCGGGUACUGACGGCACCAGCGGCGCAGCGGCCCACCUGACCGGUGCCCACAACAACGCGCCAGCACCAACCACCACGGCCUCCAUGGGCAGCACUGACCCAUUCGUUGUAGGCGCCUGCGCCUCGGGAUCUAGCAGCCACCGCACCUGCAGCGCCUCGCCACCGUCCGCAGCUGCAGCUACCCUUGGUACUGGCGCGUCAGCGCAGCCCGCGCCGUUGCCGCUGCUGCCACAGGCGGCAUCAGCCAUGCUUGUGGCAGCGGCGGCAGCUGCUGCUCUGCAGCAACAGCAGCUGGUCCACCACCCGCUCGGAGUGCCAACGUCCCAGUGCACAGCUGCCCUCAAGUCCAGCGUCCUGAAGGCCAGGGCAGCGGCCGCAGCCGCAGCCGCCAGCUGCCUCCAGCAGCAGCAGCCGGGCACACUUCUCGGAAUUGGCGGUCCGCUGUCUUUGGCGGCUAGCGCAGUGGCGGCCGCGGCUGCGGCUGCGGCGGCAACGGCACCGCCUCCGACGCGAAUGAUUCCCAUCGACCAGGGCGGCGUGGCGCUGCCGCCUUCGCUGAUGCAGCAGCAGCGCCACAUCUCAUUGUAACAACACCAGUAGAAUGUGACUGACCUGACAUGACAGACGGGUGGCGUAAGAGGAUACAACAGUUUACAACCUUAUCAGGCUUGAGGUUUUGGCUAAAGGAUACGCGGCAGGUGAUGUGAGCAGGCUUGUGGUAGAUGUGAUACGAAGCGACGGCAAGGGUUUGGAGCUGUGUGUGCUCGUGAUGGGUGUGUCAGUAUGUUUGCUUGGGCCCUGUAACAUGUGGCACCAACGCUAGGCACGGUCUGAACUUAGAUGCACAUUCUGGUAUACACAGUACUGGCACCAAACGCUUCAACGCUGCCAAGUGUCAGUGUCCCACACGCCGCCGCGCACUCUCAUCUCAUUCACCUUUUGAGGGAUCAAGUUCAUUGGCAGGAAGACAGACAGGUGGUAGGUCUGAGAGACGAGGAGCCGUUAGUUGCAGUACGCACCAAUGACGGAUGCGCGCAGGGAAGGUGAAGGGCAGCACCAAGGGCAGCACUGCCGGUGUGUGUGUGUGUGUGUGUGUUGUGUGUGUGUGUGUGUGUGUGUGUGUGUGUGUGCGUGUGCGUGUGUGUGUGUGUGUGUGUGCGUGUGCGUGUGAUAUGUGCGGCAGGUGCAUGGCAGCAAGGGAAGCGGGUCAACCGCUCGACAGACACCCCUGGCAUGGAUUUGCAAUGGAUAGGUACAGCCGCACAAAGUGCAGUGCUGAAGUGCUGCGCGGAUUUUAAGACACGGUAGCGAUCGGUAUUUACAAGUCCAUGAAACGAUUUGAAGCUGAGGGCUGAAUGGCAGCAGCACUUCAAAGGAAUGGCGUCCGUACGGUA